ACGGAUGAUACCACAAUGUGGGAGGUGCACACUCGGUAUUUGCCAAUUAUGGUCAAAUGCAAAUUUUCUCAUAUAAAAGCCUAUCUUCAAUUGCAGAUUUAUUAUUUAGUGUUUGUUCCUCUUUUGGUGAAGAUCCUUGGUAAAAACAUGAACAGGCUACUGUCGAUUUUUUUGUUAUCAAUAAUAACUUACGCAUACGCUCAAAGGAUACCUCCUAGGGUGCAACCGGGUCAAAUUAUAAGAAUUUUAAAGCAAGAUUUUGAUAUCAGUCCUGACGGAUCUUACCAAUGGAGCUACGACACCGAAAAUGGUAUCUCCGCCCAAGAACAAGGCAGACUAAAGGGACCAGACACCAUGGAGGCUCAAGGUGGUUUCUCUUACACCGCAGACGAUGGUACUCCCAUUCAAAUCCAGUACAUUGCUAACGAAAAUGGUUUUGUGCCUCAAGGCAAUCAUCUUCCCACCGCCCCACCAAUUCCAGCGGCCAUUUUGAGGGCUCUCGAAUACAACGCGGCCCAUCCAGAACAAGACAAUUUGGAUGACGGUGGCCCGAUCAGACCAAGACCAAUUGGAAAGUAGAUUUAGAUGUUUUAACAUAAGAUACUGUGAUUUGUGCUUUACUAUUUUUUUUUAUAAUGAAACUGGACUCGUGUAAAUAACUAUUUAUUAUUAUUAAGGGGCAAAUAUUCUGAAUAAAAGCAGAAUUGUAA